AUGAGCGAUUGCCGGCAUCGCGAAAAGAUUUGUUCUUUUUUCACGCCAGGGACGCAAAUUGUCGAUGCUGAAAAGCUGUCUGUAUUUCAAUCUGAUCGACUGCGCUGUCUCGUCCGGCGGGCAAGUUUUAAUAGCCCGUGGAGCGUUGAGUGUGCCUGUGCUGAAUACGGCGGCGUCGUGUGCUUUCGCUCUGGGGAGGAUUUCAGCAUCUCGUUGACUGCUCAAUUUUCAAGCUCUUUCGGAGGACCUCCUGCUGUGACUAUCGACAGACCUGCAAGAGUCAUCAGUACUAUCCGGUGCAGCCCAACCAGAGCCUAUCAGAGUCUCGAGAUGGCAGCUGCAACAGAAGCGCCCGUCACCAACGGCAGCGGCUCCAACUCGCCCACCUUCAUCAACAGAGUAGCGUCUAUCCCCGUCGUCUCUGAUACGAUCAACAAGGCUCAAGAGAUUGUCAACUCAAACUCGUACUCGGCAGCUGCAUACAAGCAAGCCGACAAGGUCGCCCAGACACUCUACCGCGCUACCGAGCCCGUCCAAAAAGCACUCGGUCCUCAAAUUGGCGUCGUCGACACCUACGCCAACAAGGGUCUUGACUUUAUCGAGGCACGUGUCCCCACUGCAUUCGCACCGACAAGCGAAGUCAUCGCGACUGCACGCAAGCCCGCCGACGACGCUGCUCAAUUCGCAAAGCGCAAUCUCGGCGGCGUUGCCGAUCAGGUGUCCGAACAGCUCAAGGCUGCUUCACAGUCGAUCGUUCAAAUCCAGACCAAGCUGCAGGAGGUCGUUGCCUCUGUGCCGAGAAACUCAAAGGAUGUCCAUCAGACCGCCAGCCAUGUUCAGGAGCAGAUCAAGAGCUUGACAGACUCGCUGCUCGCCGAAGUCGGCAAGCUCAACAAAUCUCUCGGCAGUGCUCGCGAGGACCUGCCCGCGAAAGCCCAAGAAGCCCUUGGACCUCUCUACAGCUCGGUCUCUGAGGGCCUUGCGCACAUCAAGGAAGAGCUCUCAAAGACCGACGUGCCCAUUGCCACCCGCGCUCAGAACGUGCUAGCCUACACGCAGAAGAACACCACGCCGUUCAUCAACGAUGCCAUCAAUCAGCUCAAGGCGAUCGUCUCCAAGAACAAGUCAACGGCACUGUCGACGCCGCCAAGAGCAAGGCGGACGAAGUCGCCAAGUAAACUUUUCGGCGGCCAGCACGCCUUUUUGCCGUUCGUACCCGCGCUCGAUCCACACACGCCAUACUUCACCUCGUUCGCUUAUGAUCUAACCAAUCGCCUUGCAAAAACAAAGGCCCUCAUUGUACCACAAACCUCGCAAGCUGUACGCUUUCUGCAAGAAUCCUGUCACACGAUACCAUCGAUCAUACCGAAUGGGCGACUCAGAUCGCGUUCAAAGGAUCUAACGCCCGCCGACCGCCCAAUACCUCCGUGCUCAAGCCUAGUCUAA